UCCUAUAAUCACCAAAAACUUCAUCACUCUCGCACACAGAGAGCUCAGAGCUCAAAAUCAAAAAUGGGAAUCUCAGUUUUCUUCAAGGAGAGGAAAUACCCAUUCCUCUUCGCCCUCACAGUCCUCUUCGUCUGCGUCACUCUCCUCCUCUUCACCAACUCUACUCCCUUCCCUCUCUACCUCUCCUCCGAUCCCCUCACCUCCUCCUCUUCUUCUCAAUCUCAACAGCCCCACCGCCUCUCUCUUCCUCAACCCGCCGUCAACAUCCCCUGGACGCUCUGCUCCGGACCGCUGGCCGCCGAUUUCAUUCCCUGCCUGGACAAUUUCAAGGCCAUCAAGGCCUUGAAGUCCCGCCGCCACAUGGAGCACCGCGAGCGGCAUUGCCCGGCGCCGCCUCCGAGGUGUCUCGUGCCGCUGCCGACGGGGUAUAAGGUGAAGGUGCCGUGGCCGAAGAGCAGGGACAUGAUAUGGUAUGACAAUGUACCUCAUCCGAAGCUGGUUGAGUACAAGAAGGAUCAGAAUUGGGUGAGGAAGUCCGGCGAUUAUCUUGUUUUUCCGGGAGGCGGUACGCAGUUCAAGGAUGGAGUUACUCACUACAUUGAGUACAUUCAGAAGACUUGGCCGGCUAUUGAGUGGGGAAAGAAUAUAAGGGUUAUUUUAGAUGUUGGUUGUGGGGUUGCUAGCUUUGGGGGUUAUUUGCUGGACAAGAAUGUUAUUACCAUGUCGUUUGCGCCAAAAGAUGAGCAUGAAGCUCAGAUACAGUUUGCUCUUGAAAGGGGGAUUCCUGCAACUCUCUCGGUUAUAGGAACACAGAGGCUAACAUUUCCGGAUGAUGCGUUUGAUUUGCUUCAUUGUGCGCGGUGUAGAGUUCACUGGGAUGCAGAUGGUGGGAAACCACUAUUGGAGCUCAACAGGAUUCUCAGGCCUGGGGGCUUUUUCUUAUGGUCUGCUACACCAGUUUAUCGUGAUGAUAAUGAAAGAGAUUGCGAAGUAUGGAAAUCUAUGGUGGCUCUGACAACAGCAAUGUGCUGGAAGGUUGUUGCUAAGAGUUUUGAUUCAACUGGAAUUGGGCUUGUAAUAUAUCAGAAGCCUAACUCUAUGUCCUGCUACAAUGAACGCCAAACACAUGAUCCACCUUUGUGUGACCCUCAAGAGAAGAAAACUGGUUCAUGGUACGUGCCUCUUAGUAAUUGCCUUUCCCAAUUACCUAGAUAUAGUUGGCCUGUGCCCUGGCCGGAGAGGCUUAGCAGUAAACCUCUAAGCUUAUCACCUGAGUCAGAAUCUGAGGAGAAAUUCUACAAGGACACUAAAGAUUGGUCUGCACUUGUGUCAAAUUCCUAUAUCAAUAAUGCUGCUAUAAACUGGUCAAGUGUACGGAAUGUAAUGGAUAUGAAUGCUGGUUAUGGAGGAUUUGCUGCAGCACUUAUCGAUCAGCCUCUAUGGGUAAUGAAUGUCAUUCCUGUUCAUUUACCAGAUACUCUGCCUAUUAUUUUUGACAGAGGAUUGAUUGGAUUCUAUCAUGACUGGUGCGAGUCUUUGAGUACCUACCCUCGAACCUAUGAUCUACUGCAUUCAAGUUUUCUCUUUGAAAGCCUUUCUCAAAGAUGCGACAUUGUAGAGGUAGUGGUAGAGAUGGAUCGCGUACUGAGGCCCGGCGGACAUAUAGUGAUUCAAGAUACAAUGGAAAUAAUAGACAAGCUGAGGCCAAUUUUGCACUCGCUUCACUGGUCUUCUACAGUCCAUCAAGAUCAAUUUCUUAUUGGUCAGAAAGGUUUCUGGCGUCCAGCAAGAGGUUCAAGUAGAUCCUGAAUGAAAGUUAGCUUUUGCUGAGCUUUUUUUCCUGUACAAGCUUCUAUAAUUCUACAUGUUAAUUAUUUGUAAGAAAAGAAUCAUACAGUUACAACUAUUAUUACCUUUCAAAAUUAAGUGCCAGUCAUAGGACUCA